AUGUCAUUCUGUUCUGUUAGAACAAUUUCUAUUGCACUUUUUAUGUGCCUAUUCCUAUUUCUUAAUAAUGUCACCUUUAAGAACAAUUUUUAUAGGAAGGACAAUAAUUAUAAUAGUAUAAAAAUAAGAACUUUUAGAUCAUUAGCAGAAGAAAACAGUGUCGAACCAAAACCAUCUACACCUACUAACCCUGACUCAAAAGUAUCCGUAAAUACCGAUAUUAAAGAAAAAAAACUUAACUACAGUAAAUUAACUGAUGAACAAAAAAAAGAAAUAUUGCAAGAAAAAAUGAAAAAUUUUGUAGAAUUGUACUUAGAUAAAUCAUCUACUGAAUGUCAACGUUACAGAUUACAACAACACCUUAAAAAUUAUUCUUCCAAUAAUGAAUACAAAAAAUUUAUGAAUAAGUUUGUUAAAUUUUUAAAAGUUCAUAACGAUCUCAAUGCACUCAAAUCACAAUUACAUUUCAAUAAUGUUAGAGCUGCUACCAUAAUUUUCAUAGCAGGAUUCUUAUCAAUCUUUGCUAUCUUAUUAACUAUUGCAGCAGUAGCUACAACAACUAAAUACACUAAGAAUAUGAUUACAGUAGCAGGAGUUGGUGCUCUUGGUUCAGCAUUAUCAUUACCUGGUAUGGCAUUAUUAUUUGUCCCAGCUAUGUUAUAUGUAUUAAAUAGAAAAAAUGAAAUAACAGAUCAUUAUAGUGAAAGAAUCAUUAGACAAGUUUCAAAUUUUUAA